CACGAUGGAAUCGUGAUCAUAUUGAAGAGAAAUCAAACCCUGAUUACAUCAGUGGGAGAAGUAAUGUUUCAUUCUAGGUUUCGUCAUAGACGAUCUCAUCUGAAGAGUAAAACAGUCGAUAUUCUUCUCAAAAUCAUCUCUUUAUGUGCUGAUGAUGAUCAAGAGUCUCACAUUUCUCCUCCAAUUGUUUAUGAUGCCCUAAAUUCGGGUGUUCGAAGAAAUGACUCAGAGAUUGAUUUAGUAAAAGAUAAGAAUGUUGAAGUAGUUUUAGGUGAGAGUGAAAAAUUAUCUAUUGGGAAUGAUAUAAGUGUUGAUGAGAAUUUGGUAACUGAGAAUGUGAAUUGCGCGACCGAGAAUAAUUUAUUGAGUGAUGAAAAUGUUGAACCUUUAGGAGUAGAAGAUUUGAGGAUUGUAGAUGAGGUUGCUUCUUCGGUGGUUAAGAACUGUUUUGAUAAAAACAUAGAGGAACCACAACAAGGAAAUAAAUAUGUAACAGAUGAAAUUCGGGAACCAAUUAGACAUACAGAAGAUAUGCGAAUGCAAAGUUCUUCCUCUGAGCAGAGUGUUGUGAAUGUCAGUGGGGAGAGAUGGGUUUGACGGAACCUAUUAAUUUGGACUCUUCUAUUCGUUGUCUCACUGAUGUGGAUAUUGAAGACGGUCAAAUCUCCGAUGGUUUAGGUCUCUACAAUGAAUUUGUUGGUUUAAUACAUGAGGGUCUUGCACAAAAUGAAGAAAAGAGUGGUGGUGAAGACCAUAUUUAUUAUGAAGUUAUUAAGGAGCGCGAGGUCGAGAAUGGACAUCAGGAAGAUACGGGGGCAGAAGAAAAAUAUAUGUCAUCAACUUGUAUUCAGAAAGAAAGUCAGAUAAACACGAAUGAGGGGAAACUUGAUAGAGAUUACGCACUAGGUGUUUGUAAUAGAAAUCUGAAACGGGGUUAUGGGGAAAAUUUGUUGCAAGGUGCAGGGAAUAGUGGAAAGGAAAAUGAUGAAGUCAAUGUAGAUGCAAUAGCAAAAAAAGUAUGUUUGAGUGGUAAAGAUCUUAGACGAGGUUAUGGGGAUGAUCAGUUGCAAGAAGAAGGAAAUAGCGGAAGGGAAAAUAGUGAAGCCAAAGUGGUUGCAACAACAAAAGAAGUAGGCUUUUGUAAUAGAAAGCUCGAACGGGGUUAUGAGGAUGACUGCUUGCGAGAUGCAAGAAUCAGUGGAAAAGAAAAUGGUGAAGCUGAAGUGGCUGAAAAAACAAAGAAGUUGCAGAACACUAAAGUUGGUGAAAAAAGAUCAAGAGUUCUCAGUAAUGAAAGAAAAGCUAAGAAAAAGAUGAACGAGAGAAAAAGAGAGCAGAAACGCGUAAAGAACAAGGAGUCAAGAGGUUGAGAAUUGAACUACCAAUUUCAAAACCAAAAGCACCAAAGUAUUGCGAGUUUUAUCUUAAAGGAAGAUGUCAGAAGGGCGAUUCCUGCAAAUUUUCCCAUGAUACAACUCCAUUGACGAAAUCCCAGCCAUGUAAGUUUUUGGCACUCCAACAAUGCUUGAAAGACGAUGACUGUCCAUUUGAUCACCAACUCGACAAGUAUCCAUGUAACAACUAUGCCUCCAACGGUUCUUGUUAUAGAGGAGAUAAAUGCUUGUUCUCGCACAGGGUUUGUCACCCCUCAAUAGAUCACUUGUUGGAUGUCGGAUUAUCUUCAUGUGUGGCAUGUUGUAAUGGGGGAUAUCUUUUGAGGCAUCUUGAACUGAGCUCAAGUUUUCCUCUUCUGCACAUAAGGAUCGUGGAAACUCGCAAACCAUCCCACGUUAACCAAACAGGAGUGGUGUCUCAGCCUUCACCGAGUCACUUAAUUACGAAGAGAAACCUGAACACAAAGAACAUUUCUCCUUGUACACUCAACACGAUAUCUGGUGGGGCGUUUGUGAAGACCCCCUCGUCAACAAGAAUCCAAGUCCACAAGAACCCUGAGCAGAGCAUGCUAGGAAAACUGAGACCACCUGCACAACCACCUAAAGGAGUAACAUUAAUCUCAUUCGGCAAAACACCUCCCUGUAACUCCAGUAAUAAGAGAGACUUUAGUGGCACUGAAGCUUGGACUCAAAAAGACCAAGAAUCAUUGAAAACGCCGCAAAGUUCGAAUGAGAUGUUCCAGGAGACUACACUGUCAACACCGUCUUCUGCUAGUCAAUGUUCACAAAACCCACUACAGAACGUACAAAACAAGAAUUCAGCUCAAAGAGCAUCUUCAUCAACCUUAGCUUUUGCAGCUAAGUAAGAAUCAGAAAUGAUGAAGAAUCGGUCGAAAAUUCUCACCGGCUUGAGCACCACCUCCACCGACAAUAGUAAGACACUGAGUAGCACUGCCAGUUGAAGCAUUGAUAACGUUCAAAAUCGAUUACUGAAAGCUUCUCCGGUACUUCAAGAAUUCAUGUUUGGUAUUGGUGGUACGGAUGGUAAACUGUAAAUUGCAAAAACAAAAAACUAUUGAAAGUAUAUUCCAAUAAGUGAGAGCAACUUUUGAAAUGAAGAUUUUGAUGAGAUGCAUAUCCAGCGGUACGCAGCCUUCUCCCUUUUUGUUUACGUCUUAGGUUUAUGCUUGUUUUUAGGAAUUGAUAAUGGUCACCUCUCAUAUAUGGACAACAUGAAGAAUAUCUGUCAUGAUAAAAGAUUUAACAUGAUUUAUUUUUUUUUGUGAUGUAGAACGUAGAUUUAGCACUAUGGAUCUACUCGUGUAUAUGUUCUUAAAUAUUUGUACUCUUGAGAUAUCCUCUUGGUUUCUUCCAGGAAUUUUCAUUGUUACUUAUCGAGCUGUUUUCCAUGGGAAA